GCCUAAAAAAAUGAGUGUGAAUGUUUGGAAUAUCAAAGACAUGUUUAAUACUUCUUCAGUCAUGGGAUCUCAUAAAUCAUCCAGCUGGACCAGUGCUGCUACCGAUUACAACAGUAUGAGUGAUUCUCAGUUCCUUUUUGGUUCACAGUUCUGCCCAGAGAAUUCACAGUCCACAUCAACCCCACUUGAAUUUAGACCAUGCAAAAGCUCACAGCAAAAUUCUCAGGAUAGUGAGCCAAGUAUUUUUGCCAAAUACCAGUCUAAACCACAGCUCUUCAGUGAGGAUGAAAAGGAAAGAGGUUCGCUUAAUUUUCCUGCUGGAAGAUUCAAAAGUGCCUUGGAGCAAUUUGAAGAUAAAAAGAAAAAGAUCAAGGAAAAGCAUGAUAGUGAAGUUUUAAGCAGCUUCAUCUGGAACACCAAAGAAAAUCUUCAAAAGUUGCAGUCAUCCUUAGAUAAGUUUGAAGAUAUUCUGAAAUCCAUGUUGGAUGGUUUGAGCAACCUUGCAAAGAAUAUGCAAGAAACAUCUCAGUCCCAUUAUGAAUUGGUCCAGAAUGUUCUCAAAGACAAAGGUGAAAUGGAGCAGACGUUACUGGGAGUGAAGAAAAUGCUGGAAGAUAACAAUGUGGAAUUCUCAGAUCUGAAAUCCAGCCAGCGAUUGCUGAAGAAAAGUCUGGAGCAAUUAAUGGCUCAGCAGAAUGAGCAGCAUUCGAAGCUCUGCGAACAGCUAGGUCACUUGCAGCUCCCUAGUCUUUUGGCAGAUUUGCAGGCCUUCAUUUCUGCACCCAGAACACCCAGUCAUAUAAAGGACAGUGCUGCGCAGACCUCACCAGAUAUGCUGUCAACCAAUCACUCUCCCACUUCACAAUUAAAUGCUCCUCCUGGAAGCAAGUUCACUUCUACCGUUGGUGCCUCCGGAGGCAAAGAAAAUGUCAGCAAACAACAGAGGAGGGGUAUUCUAACCACAAGCCAGGAUGACAACAAUACUCUUUGUACCUGCCACUCUGGUCCAGCUGCUCCUGAAGAUGGCAGGGAGGGAUGCUGGCUACUUACUCAAGAACCGUAUCAAGCUACACCAGUGAGGAGAGUGAUCAAGAGAAACAAUCAAGCAAAGGGACUCUGUGCCGUGAGGCAUGCACCAUUGACCUGCAGUCAUGCUGACAGUGGGCUCAUGCAAACACAUGCACAGAACCAUGAGAAGCUGGCUACAGUCCACAAAGUGCAAAGUAAAAAUACUGGAAGCAGGGUGAAAAAGGGAAGGUUCCAAAAAUGCAACCGGAGGAAAAGACAGUAUUCUUCCAAGAAAGGACCGCAUUCCAAAUACAUUGCUACCCACCUGAAGCAAAAAGAAAUCAGAAAAGAGUGUGCUGAGUCAGAGAGGCUGCAGCGUUCUUACCAGGAUUCAGUAAAUCAAGAAAACACUUCAAUUAUCAGUCAGCAAAACCCACACUGGAUUCAGAAUAGGAUGGCAGAGAAAUCCAAGCUUUUGUUCCAGUCUGAUGAAAAAGUGCAGCAUGUACCCAAUCAAUGGGAGAUGUCUGGAGUUAAAAAGAGAGUGGACAUUUCCAGCAUAAGCAAUAAUAGUUUCUGGGCAUGCUCCUCUCCAGAAAGCUCUUUAUCCCAAAAUCAGAUGGGAUGGCUCACUCUUUCUGAGAAUCUCUCACCCACCUGUGCUGCAUCAGCCUUGCAGAAGACGACAACACGCUGCCCAUUGUUUUUUGACAGUGAUUAUUCUGAUUAAGAAUGUUGUUUUUCUUUCUCCCUCUUUCUUUUAAGGCAUA